AUGGUGAAAUUACAGAAAGAGCUAGAGGAUAAGGUAGCCCAGAACAGUCAGAAUACCCUGGAUUCUAUCACGAAAAGUCAUGAGUCUUUGGUCGAUCAAAUCGUGGCCAAAUUGUCUGGUUUACAACAAGCAAGCGCACCAGGGGCAACCUCGUCUGAGGGGAUAGCUAUACCACCAACCCCACAGGUGGUUAUUUCACCCGAAAUCCUACCCGGGGACUCAUCUAUUACCAAAGGGAAAGUUGUAUAUGUUGUGAAGAUACAAACUUCUGCAAUCAACCUUGACAAUCAUCCGGAUGACUAUCCCAUCUCAAAUUUUGAUGAGGAAGAUAAGGCGAAGAAGAUGGAAGAAAAUAUUAAGAUGUUGGAAGACCAGAUGAAGAUGGUCAAAGGGGAUCACAACUAUUAUGGAGUGGAUGUAAUAGAGCUAAGUUUGGUUUCGGAUUUAAUGCUUCCACCAAAAUUUAAAGCCCCCGAGUUCAAGAAAUUCGACGGGAAUAGCUGCCCCUCAGUCCACAUCACUAUGUUCUAUCGGAAGAUGACAGGAUAUGUGGGAAAUGACAAACUCCUGAUCCACUAUUUCUAG